AUGGCUACAGACAUUGAGAUCCAAGAUGCCAAUCUCAAUCGGCAAACGACACUCGACGAGAAGGCACGACCAAGCGACGAGGAGUAUGCUACACUGCGUCGGGUCCCAGACAACUUGCCAAAGAUAGCCCUGCUUAUCCUAGCUGUCGAACUAGGCGAGAGAUUCACAUAUUUCGGUCUGAGUGGUCCGAUUCAAAACUACAUCAAUAACCCGUAUGCCCCUGGAUCAGACUUGCCAGGUGCUCUAGGGAGAGGCCAGGCGACUGCGACAGCGCUUGGCAACUUCUUCAAGUUCUGGGCCUAUGGAAGCACCGUCAUCGGGGCCAUCGUAGCAGACCAGUAUCUCGGCAAGUUCAAAGCUAUCCUCGUCGCCUCGAGCAUAUAUAUCGUUGGUCUUAUAAUUCUCGUUGCGACGGCGACGCCAACCGCGAUCCAAGAUGGAGCAGGCUUCGGAGGCUUGGUUGCAGCUAUGAUCACGAUUGGCCUAGGAACUGGCGGCAUCAAGGCCAAUGUCACCCCUAUGUGCGCCGAGCAAUACCAGAAUGCGCGGCCGAUUGUCAAGACGUUGAAAUCUGGGGAGAGAGUUGUUGUGGACCCAGAGCUUACAGUACAGAAGCUUUUUAGUUGGUUCUACUGGGUGGUGAAUGUGGGCGCUCUCUCGCCGCUGAUCACAGUCAACGUGGAAGCCAAGCACUCCUUCUGGCUUGCCUAUCUUAUCCCUCUGAUUGCUAUUAUCAUCUCUCUUUGCGUAUUUUUGGUCGGCCACAAAAGCUACGUGAAAGUGCCUCCCCAAACCUCUGCGAUUGUGGAUGCUGUUAAGACUGUCGCGAUUGCAUGCCGCGAGAAAAGCUUCCAGAAUGCGAAACCAUCCAUGUUGUGCGAACACCACGGUGAUAUCAAAUACAAGAUCGCUAGGGAGGAGAGAUACACCGAUGCCUAUGUUGAAGGCGUUCGCAAAGGUGUUAAGAGUUGCAAGAUGUUCCUGUUCUUUCCAUUCUACUUCAUCUGCUGGAUUCAGAUAUGGAAUAAUCUCAUCUCUCAAGCCGGUCAAAUGGCGCUACACGGUACUCCAAACGAUCUUCUCCAGAACUUGGACCCUAUUGCACUCAUCAUCUUUAUACCAUUCCUUGAUCUGGUCGUCUACCCUGGCUUACGGAAGAUGAAGAUCGACUUCGACCCCAUCUCCCGAAUCUUCGCCGGCUUCUUGCUAGUGUCAGUCUCAAUGGUCUACGCCAGCGUACUGCAACACUUUAUCUACAAAUCCGCACCGAACAGCAUUCAUGUAUGGGUCCAAGCGCCAGCGUACAUUCUUGUGGCUUUCUCGGAAGCGUUCAUCAUCAUUACUGGCCUGGAGCUAGCUUUCACACAGGCACCCACGAACCUCCGGUCAUUCAUAUCAGCGCUAUUCUGGAUCACGAUCGGUAUCGCAGCUGCCAUCUGCAUUGCUCUCGCCCCCGUCUCGCAAGAUCCCUAUAUGGUGUGGACAUAUGCCAGUCUGGGCAUAGUAGGCUUUGUGGCCGGAUGCGCAUUCUUCUUCUGCUUUCGCAAAAACCGAAAGUGGUCUGCGGAUGCCGUCGUUUUGGAGGCAGUACCUGUCGAUACGAACUCUGCAUCCCUUGUAGCUACGGAUGAGAAGUUCGGACUUGGAGAAAAGUGAGCGAAAGUAGCAG